GGGGGUGGGGAGGAAGGAGGGGGAGAGCACCAACCAGCAGCCACUCCCGGCCUGCUGCCGAAGUUUCACUUUUUGUCUGUGGGUUCGCUCCCGGGGCCCGCUCGAGCUUUCCCGGGAUAAGUAGCGUCAGCAGCGGGGAGAGCCGGCCGCUGCAAGGUGGGAACACAAGCUCAAGGACAGAAGUAGAGAGAGUGAGCCAGGUGCUUCUGCACUUGUUACUGUUCAUUGCCCCCUCACUGAAGGGGAGACAUUGUUCCUCAGUUGAGCCUAGCAUAUCGUCUGGUUGAGCCUGUGACCAUUGUCCAUUCCAAAAGCCAGAAGCUGCUAGAGAUUUCAACAAUGUCUCACCCAUCUUGGCUGCCACCCAAAAGCACUGGUGAGCCUCUUGGCCACGUUCCUGCACGGAUGGAGACCACCCAUUCUUUUGGGACCCCCAGUAUUUCAGUGUCAACACAACAGCCACCCAAGAAGUUUGCUCCAGUUGUUGCUCCAAAACCCAAGUAUAACCCAUACAAGCAGCCUGGAGGAGAGGGUGAUUUUCUCCCACCUCCACCUCCACCAUUAGAGGAUCCUGGUACUAUUCCACCUGGCCCUGGACACUUCCCCCCUCCUCCAACACUGGAUGAAGGUGCUUUCAAAGUACAGCAGGGAAGUCCUGGAGGCAAGACCCUGGAGGAGAGGCGCUCCAGCCUGGAUGCAGAGAUCGACUCCUUGACCAGCAUCCUGGCUGAUUUGGAAUGCAGCUCACCAUACAAGCCUCGGGCCCCGCAGGGCUCUGGCAGUUCAAUAGCCUCUGCUCAAGUUUCUACUCCUGUCACAGGACAUAAGAGAAUGGUCAUUCCACACCAGCCACCCUUGACUGCAACCAAGAAGUCUUCAACGAAACCACACUGUGUACCCCAGGCUGCGCCCAUCCCAGUGACUCCAAUUGGAACACUCAAACCCCAGCCUCAGCCAGUUCCAGCCUCCUACACUACAGCAUCCACUUCUUCAAGGCCCACCUUCAAUGUGCAAGUGAAGUCAGCUCAGCCCAGCCCACAUUACAUGGCUAGUCCAUCCUCUGGACAAAUAUAUGGUCCAGGGCCUCGUGGCUAUAACACCCCACAGGUUCCUGUAUCGGGACAGUGUCCUCCUCCUCCUCCUCCUCCAACUUGUGUUGCCACCGAGUAUGCAUAUAUUCCACCCUCAGGACAUCAGCCUGAGUCUGGAUAUGGGUAUACCUCCAACCAAGGACGCUAUUAUGAACCCUAUUAUGCAGCAAGUCCUAGCUACGGGGGCAGACAUGACGGCGAUUCUGCUUAUGGACAACAGGUUCAACCUAAUACCUGGAAGCGGGAACCUGGGUACGCCAAUCCUGGAGCAGGGAAUCAGAACCAUCCUGGCAUGUAUCCAGUCAGUGGUCCCAAGAAGACCUAUAUCACAGACCCUGUUUCAGCUCCCUGUGCACCACCACUGCAGCCAAAGAGUGGAUACCCUGGGCCUAUGGGACCUCCUUCGGUUCCCCCAUCAUUCCGUCCAGAAGAUGAGCUCGAACACCUGACCAAGAAGAUGCUGUAUGACAUGGAAAAUCCACCCUCUGAUGAUUACUUUGGCCGCUGUGCCCGCUGUGGGGAAAAUGUAGUUGGAGAAGGAACAGGAUGUACCGCCAUGGAUCAGGUCUUCCAUGUGGAUUGCUUCACCUGCAUCGUCUGUGACGUCAAGCUCCGAGGACAGCCUUUCUACGCCGUGGAGAAGAAGGCAUACUGCGAGCCCUGCUACAUCAACACACUGGAGCAGUGCAGUGUGUGUUCUAAGCCCAUCAUGGAGCGGAUCCUCCGUGCCACCGGGAAGGCCUACCACCCACACUGCUUCACCUGUGUGAUGUGCCACCGUAGCCUGGACGGCAUCCCGUUUACCGUGGACGCUUGCGGUCAAAUUCACUGCAUUGAGGACUUCCACAAGAAAUUUGCCCCUCGCUGUUCUGUGUGCAAGGAACCUAUCAUGCCGGCCCCAGGCCAGGAGGAGACCGUCCGCAUUGUGGCUCUGGACCGUGAUUUCCAUGUGCACUGCUACCGCUGUGAGGACUGUGGUGGUCUUCUGUCCGAAGGAGACAACCAAGGCUGCUACCCCUUGGAUGGACACAUCCUCUGUAAGACCUGCAACUCAGCCCGCAUCAGGGUCUUGACGGCCAAGGCAAGCACUGACCUGUAGAGUCGGUAGCCAGCUCAGCUGCUGAGUGCACGCCACCAAGAAGAACGCAACACAAGAAAAAGAUAAGCGAAGAAAUAGAAAAAUAGAGGCAAAGCUCAACCUCUGAGAUAGUCUCUGUUCUUCAUCUGCUGGUAACCUUUUCUGUAGAAGCACAUAGAUGAUACGAUUUGUCUAAGUUCUUACCAAAUACACAUUUCACAUUUAAUCAUGUAGGGCCUUGGUGAGCCUUUGUUCCAAGGACUUCCACAUUUUUGCACAGAUUAUGCUCCAUCCCAUUCACUUCUGCAUUCCUGGGACUUUUAAUCCUCAUGGUUGUCUCACUUCUCAUGGGGUUGAAUAGAUUUUUAGUGUGGUAUUUGCUGUCACAUGAUUUUUCCAGGGUGAAUGUGCCAGCAUGCAGGUGCCUUAAGUCUCAUCUUGUCUGUCGCUUUUCCUCUGGCUGUGGCUACUAAAGUCAGUCAUUCUGUUACCAGGCAUUGAAAAGGAGAAUUUUCCCUCUGCACGACACCCCUCAUGUCUCCUGCUAAAAAUAAUGAUGGGGGUGCGCAUAUUUUUCUUUGUUAAACUAUAAAGAAUUUAUUUGAAAAAGUUAACAGGAGCCCAACGUUAGUCUGCGACUAUCCAAACUCAAAAUCUUCAGUGCCCAGCAGUCAGGGCUCGUUUGAAAACGUCGAUUGGCCAGUAUCUAAAACGUGGGGAAAGAAAACCAGGUUUCACCACUGUGCAGGAAAGGCCCAGUGGGACAUGCUAGCCAACAGAGUUCUAGGUGUAUUUGGAAGGCCGGUUGUGUUUCCACAAUCCCACCCUGAGAUUUACCUCCCACACCCUCUGGACAUAAGAGUCAGACUUGCUUUUGAUACAUUUCCAAAUCUGUCCAACGCUUCGUCUUAGAAUUACUGUGAAACUUCCCCCAAUAGGUUAGCAUGGUCCCUACAAUUAAUACGUAUCUUCAGAAAGAUACGUACUAAAAGGAUUCAAAUUCUUAUCUUUCUUCCUUUUACUUUAUAAUGACCCAAACCUAAAUCUCUUUUGCCUGGAAAUUGCAAAUUGGGACACAUGAAGUGAAGUUAUGCAACCAUGUUUCAUCUUCUUUUAAAAAGAAAAAUAAGCUGGGAAAGAUUGUGAAACCAGAGUUUAUUAUUCUUACAAUCCUUCUGCAACUCAAGUACAUAUUGCAGGAGACAUUUUCCCAUCAUCAAUGUGACAUUUACACCACACUUUCAAAGACAAUCGCUGAAAAUCAGAUUGUCUUUCUGAGGUAAAAAUAUGCAGAAUGCCUGCCUAGAAUCUUUGUGCGAACUCUUAUUAGCCAGUGAAACACUUGCUUGCCAACCAGAGCCAAUUUGCUUCAUUCAGAGGAGACGCCACGUUCAGCAAUCGCAGCUGGCCAUAUUGUAAACUCAGUACUCAGUAUCUCAGAAUGAGAUUUCCCAAAGCUUUCUAUAAAUCUUCUACAGAUAUAAACCUUUAAAUUAUGGAAUACCUUAAAUAUACAGAAGGGUAUAAAUAAUAAUAUAACAAUCCUUCUAUAGCUAAUACCCAGUUGUAGAAAUAUAGUCACUUUAAAUUCUUUAAAAGAUGAAACAAAUAUCUUUUUAUUUCUUUUAUAUGGUACUGGGAGUUGAACUAUGGCCUCAUGUGCUCGGCAUGCACCCUGGCACCCUGGCACCCUGGCACCCUGGCACCCUGGCACUCCCAGCCCUUCUGCAUCUUUUUUUUUUUUUAAUCUUCAUGACAUGAUGAUUUUCUAGUCUGACAGUUUUAAUUUUACCAUUUAGAGCAAAAAAAAAAAAAAACAAAACUAAACAAAAAAAUGUUUAAUUACUUGUGCGUGUUUAAAAUUGCAAUCCAUGCCUCAGGAAUUCUAUAAAAUUUAUUUUACUUGAAUAGAAGUCAUCAUAAAAGCGAUUAAAGGAAGCCCUUAGGCCGUUGUCAGGCAGCCCCUCUGGGUCAAUCUGUGCCUUAUUUACUUUCUCCAUCAGGCAGUUUGCCUGUUAGUGUCCCCAAAGCUAUGAGUUUCAGGGGCUUUCCCUCACCGCCUGCUCUCACCUUGCUUCUCUUAUCUUGAGGUUCGUGGAGGGCAGCUUGUGGAUCUCAGGAUUCAGUGGCCACUCUAGCUUGGAAUCCCGUGCUGCAAAUCAAAGGCUCAACUGUGCCCAUGACCUUGAGGAAUGCUGACAGACAAUCCAGGUGGAUGCAGGCUAGAACUGACUAAAAUAUUCACCACAAAAUAUUUCAGGAAAUGUCUUUAAGCCAAAAGUAGAGUUACAGUAUAAGGAAGGGGCAGGAAUAAUGCCUAGAAAUGUAGGAAUAUUGCUAUAAGUUCAGACAGCAGAGGAAGAGUUUAUGUAAUAUUUAUACAAUAGAGCAAUAACAUCUUCCUUGUUUGUUACAUGUAACUACUUAUGUAACCAGAUGUUUACAUGGGAGAUUUAUAGGAAAAUGCUGCCCCCGUUUCUUCCCUGAGGUUUUCCCGGCAGAGCUCUCUUGCUUAUAGCCUACCCAGUGCUUUCCUGUCGAGUAACCUCAGAGGGUCUUUACCAAAGAUUUUUUUUUUAAGUAAAUUUCUUUUUAAUAUAGACUUAUACUUUUAUAAUAAUGAAUGUGCACAUACACAUAUACAGAAAUAUUUAGAGUUAGAUGUUUUUUGUUCACAAGGUUGAAUGAAUAUAAAGGAUCCUACCACAUUAUUCUACAAUUUCUCUAAUAUAUAAUUUACAUUGCUUUCCUGUUUUCCUGUGCUAAGCAUUUGAUUUAUGCAACACCAAGUACUCUACUCUUUGCUGUCUUAUCUACAUAAAGUUUUGCCUACUAUAGAGAUAUAAAGAUCUAUUACCUUAAUGAUUAUAUACAUUGCCUUUUGAUAUAUUGCCUUACUUAUCAUUUAAAUACAUAAAUAGAAAAAAUAUAAUGUCUGUAACAGAAAACUUAUAAAAUUAUACCUGAAUUGUUUAACUUUCAAGAGCACAAACAUUUGGUUUUUCUGUAUAAAAUAAAA